UGGCUGUGCCGUAGUCUAUCGGCUUCUUCAGCUCUCCUCUGCUGCCGUCGCUCCUCUGCCGUUGGGGUCGGCCCCAAUAUGACGAGAGGUGACUUCUUUGGCAAAGCUGUCUCUAUCAGGAUCACGGGGACGGUCAGGUCCUAGGGCAGUGGCUUCUUGUCCAGUGACCAGGGACCAGUGUGGCCAGCUGUGUGGGAUGCGGCGUUCAGAACAGAAAGUCCAAGGAGACCGGAGUGGCUUGGUCGUUCCACCAUUCGUGCUCCCGAGCAGUCUGGGCAUCGCAAACAUAUAUUUGAACCACUGGUCCUUUCCUUUUCUUCCUCUCGGCUCAGUAGCUCUGCCCUGGUCAUCGUGCUUAGUUCAUAAUUCCCCUUCAAGGACUCUACUCUCAUGCCACGGGAUGGAUGCUAUGACAUACGACAGAGCAUGGAACCACUGCCUUUGCGUCCUGUUUCCCAUAUCUGCCGACCCUACGCGACUCGCCCCUUGCCCGUUUUGCACAGCUUCAAUGCCCCCACUGGGGCCUGGUGUCUGCUCUGCCACCGAAGUUGGCCUGGUCACUUUGUGCGACCAGCCACCCGAGCUCGACCAUACUUCCGGGCCGGAUCACUUCUCUAACGGGCCUGGCUGCAUGUCGGAUUACGGCCUCGGCCGAAUCAACGAGGUCCCCCAGCCCAGACCACCACCAACUCCGCCUCCUCACCCGCGCCCAGGCCCCAGGCCACCCCCUCCCCCGGAUGUUCCCAGUCCGCCGGGCAGUCCAACCUAUGCGACCAGGGCCAUCUGUUGGACUCGGCCUCCCGGGUCGUUUCACGCCUUCUCUUGAUCUCUUCGGCUUGAUAGGCGGCGUUCCUGGGCUUUCCUGGGCCCUCCUUUAGGCUGGAGUCACUCGCAGCAACGAACCUGAUCUACAUAGGGUUACACUGCAUCCUGUCACGUCCCCCAACGGUAUGUCAUGUCUUAGCAAGGAAAGCGGAGGAAAGCGAAGAGAGAAGGAAACUGGAAACCCCUCUUCGUCGCUCCACGGUACGUGCUGUGCCUCAUAUCUGCAGACCUUGCCUUCCUGAUACUAUGCACAGUUCUCAACGGGCUAACAUGCACUU